CCAGGCCAGGUGGCACAAAGGUGCCGCCGGAGCGAGUACGCGCCAAAGGAAUGGCCUCGUGAGCCAGGAGCGUGGAAAAACGCUCAAGAAGAACACAGGCUUCAGGAGCACGCUGCCACCUGCGCACGCUAACACUAUAUGAUCACGCUACCUAGCAAGUAGCGCUCGGGAAUUAGCAGGCCACUGGCGCAUACUGCUGUAGUCGUUAGCGGGCGAGGCGCUAGCCUGUCUGGAGAGAGGAGAAAAUGACCCUUUUGCUAUGCUAAAUGCUAGUGUCGGAGUAUAGACAGGGGGCCCUGUUUCCGUUCUCGGCGCAAAUCUAGCGCAGUUGAACUUUUCUUUCUUUUGCUAUCUUAGAAGAAGGAGGCCCGACAAAACACUGAAGUGUAGAAGAGAACCAAAACAGGACACAGCUUUUGGCUUUACUGUCACUCAUUUGAAAGAAAACAAAUGCCAUUGAAAAUGCAAAACACCGCUGCUACUUUGUGGAGUUUCUUUGGGGGGGAAAACGGCUGACGGAGGGAUGACCUCAUUGUGCCCCCGCAGCGACACCCAACUAACCCCCCUAUACAUUCUUUCCCUGUCUGUCAAAACAACAGCAUCAGCGCUUUCCUCACGGGGAGGGGAGGGGUGGGGCUUCCAGGGCUUGCCGCGACCCGGCCCAACUGUGUGAUGACGCGGCGUUUUCUUUCUGCGGGCCCUCGGCCUUUGCCAGGCUAUAAAAGCGGCGGCGCCGUGUCAAACGUGAACGACGCCGGCGAGACCGCUUCGACGCCACACGCAGCGCCCCGCUCGCCAUGUCUCAGACCGCCAAGUCCGCUUCCAGCCAAGGCGCCGACGCCAAGAACAAGGGAGGUGCACCCCGCCGCCUCCAGCAAGGUCUCCAAAACUGGCGGGCCCAGCCAGGGAACCUUCAAAUUGACGCUGUUUGACCAGGAGAACUUCCAGGGCCGCUCGCUGGAGCUUCAGAGCGAGUGCUUGAACAUUUGCGAGCGAGGCCUGGAGCGAGUGCGCAGCAUCAUCGUGGACAGCGGCCCCUUUGUUGCCUUCGAGCAGACCAACCUCCGUGGGGAGAUGUUCAUCCUGGAGAAGGGAGAGUAUCCUCGCUGGGACACCUGGAGCAACUCGUACCGCAGCGAUUGCCUCACAUCGCUCCGGCCCAUCCACAUGGACAGUUUGGAGCACAAAAUCUGCCUGCAUGAGCUCUCUGACUUCAAGGGCAACAAGAUGGAGAUCCAGGAGGACGACGUUCCCACCCUGUGGGCGCACGGCUUCUGCGACCGGGUGGGCAGCGUGAAGGUCCCGGGCGGAGCGUGGGUGGGCUACCAGUACCCCGGCUACCGAGGCUACCAGUACCUGCUGGAGAGCGGCGACUACCGGCACUGCAACGACUUCUCGGCCAUCCAGCCUCAGAUCCAGUCGGUGCGCCGCAUCCGCGACAUGCAGUUCCACCAGAGGGGGUGCUUUGAGCUCACCGCCGCCGGCAGCAAGUGAAAGGGCCACGCCCCGCAUUUAUACUGACUCCUUCAUCCGGCCGGCGUCCAGCUGUCACGUCGCACUCGGCGGGCCGGCUUUUUGUGGUGAUGGUUAAUAAAAGCUAUUUGAAAAAGGC